CAUACUGUCAGGAGAUAUAACAGAUGGAACAGACAGAAGAAUAAUAUACAAGGGGUCGACAAAAACCGGUUAUAACCUGACCGGCAGAAAUGGAAGAUAAUCGCCUCUGGGAGGAAUUGCAUCAGUUGCGGAAAAAGAAAAAGGAUGAGUUGCAAAGCCUGCAUAAAUUGCUGGAAGACAAGAGUAAGAACAAGAGAGAAAAAAAGUACCGUGAUCCAGAACCACCUAAACUUGUCCUCUCUAUCAUUGGUGAUUCGAAAAGCUUUGUACCUAAACCAUGGAUAACCUCGGUAUUUCAAUAUGGACUCAUAGAAACCGCAAAAGGCGCAAAAGACAGUUUGAUUAUCUACAAAGGUUCAUCGGAAACAGUUAGCUGUAUCGUGAGAGAAGCAGUUGAGGAUUUUAAUAGAUUGCAAUCAGAAGGUGAUGAUGUCUUUAUUAGUCUAGUGGGAAUUCUUCCGGAAGAAGACAUGUGUGAAACCAGCAUCGAUCUUGAUGAGGAACAAAUCCAUCUUCACGACAAAAAGAAACAUACAGGCGAAGAACAUUACGGAUGGGACUACUGGCAAAAGAAAAACAGCGACUGUCUCCUUGGAGAAAUAUAUAAUGUUUGGCUGGGGAAUAACAGGUCGUAUGCUGAGUUUCAUGCAUCUAUGCUGAAAGGAUUAGUAAAAAACAAAAUAUCUUUCAUGACACUCGAAGGCACGCCUUUGCAAUGGAAUGUUCCAGUUCUAACAAUAGUAGCAGAAGGUGACUUAGAUACAAUAGAAGCUGUUGACCAAGUUCUGAAGCAAGACUUGCCUAUACUGAUUGUAAAAGGUUCGGGAAAAGCAGCUGACUUUAUUGCUGAAUUCAUUGAGAACGAUAAAAUAAGUAUAUCUGAAUAUAUCAAGUACAAAACACCACUGUUAUUUGGUAUUUCUUCUCAUGACCUUAUGAAAAGAGAAUUUGUCAGCAAAGGUUCUGGUUCACAAAAGCAUCAACGAAAUGAUCUCGAGUCAAUCAUGAAAGCAAUAAAAGAAAACAAAUGCUUGCUAACGAUAAUUGAUAUAAACAAACAAACACAGCCUAAAGAGUUUACAGAUGCAGUAACAAGAGCGAUCAUUAGCGGAUGGUCUCGAAACAAACCUGAAGAUGACGACCAGAUUUAUGGCAACUUAGAAAAUGACCAAAUUAAACCAGUACAAAGCUAUUACCAUGCUUGUAUCAACGACGAUCAAUUUCCGUUACCAGUUGAACCAAAUAUGAAAGAAAAAGUCAAUCCAACAUCAGUAUCUAUAAAUGCUAUGGGCGGGACAUUGCGAGCUGAUAAUCGGAAAUUUAAGGAUUCCAUUAAGGAAAUACUGACUCCAUCAUCUUUACCACUUUAUUAUUACAUUGCAUAUCAGCUUAUACAAGAAAUACAAGGAGAGAAAAGGGCUACAAUAGAGAAUUUCAAUAUGCUGUUGAAAGCAGCUAUUGUAGCUGACAGAGAUGAAUAUGUGUCGGUAUUAUUAGAAGAAGAAGGUGUAGAGUUUGAAGAUAAAUACUUUCCUCAUAUUUAUACGGAAACGAUUCAAUCUCAACAAAAAGCAAAGACGGCCCUUCGAAAUGUUUUUAAGUGGGGUUCCUCACCAGUCAUUAAGCAAUUUAAGGAUUUAUGCUUUCCCGAGGAAAAGGAGAAAAAGAAAAAGGAGAAAAAGAAAAAGGACAAACAAGUUAAUCAAAUCUUACCAAUUGAAGUGUGUAUGAUCGCAGGUCGACAGAUUUGUCAGGCUUUGUUGGGGUAUCCUAGAGAUACCUCUCUAAACAGAAAGGAAAAAUGGUCCGCAUAUCAAGACCUUCUGAUAUGGGCAAUUUUUGUAAACAGACCAAAACUAGCUACCAUUUUCUGGAUGAAAUGCGAACAACCGCUAUUGUGCGCAUUAUUGGCCAGUAGUGUAUACAAAAGAAUGGCAGCCAGUGCUUAUGACCAGGCAACAAAGUCUGACAUGACUGCUCAGUCUAGGCUCUUCGCAGAUAGAGCAUUAGAUUUGCAAUCGAGAUUGUAUGACGAUGACGCUGAGCUUGCAAUGGAUUUAGUUAUCACAGAAAAAAUCGUUUGGGACAUCACUAUAAGUCCAAUGCAAUGUGCCUAUGAACAUGAUAUGCUGGACGUUCUUGCUCAAACAUGCCCUCAACGACGUUUAAAUAAAAUAUGGUAUAGCGGAAUAAGUUCUAGUCUUGGAGGUUUUUGGAAGAAAGGCUGUUUAAAAGCUUGGUGCUGUUGCUGCAAGAAAGGUUCACCUUGUGAAGGACCAAAGCUUUUUGUCGCUCCUCUUACGAGGUUUUUGUUACAUUACGUAUUUUUCUUUGGUGCUUUGGUAUGUUACAGUAACUUCCUCUUACAAAUGGAUGUAUUUCAGGGAGUAGUCUCAAUUGGUUUCAACGAGAAAGUUGUUUAUUUGUAUCUAGUAGGAGACAUUCUUGAGGAGUACAGAAAUGCGGUUUGGAAAGAUGCAAGUUUUGUAACGAAGAUGAGUAAAUCUACACAUGAAAACACAUUACGUCAUUCACGGUGGUAUAGACUGAAGAAAUAUUUAUUUAAUUUCUGGAAUAUCCUAGAUGUUCUUUCAUAUACGCUGACUAUCGUGGCUAUAUUUGUUCGUGUGUUCAGGUCAACAAAAACAAACAAGACUUACAGACGUUUUUUCAGCAUGAGUCUGUUUGCGAUGUACAUGCGAUUUCUUCAUGUCCUAUUGAUGUCAAGGAAACUUGGGCCAAAAAUUAUCAUGAUCAAAGAAAUGUUAAAGGAUCUCUUUCGAUUCAUUGGAAUUUUAUUUGUGUUUAUGGUCGGUGUUGGGGUACUGUAUCAUGCAAAUAUGUACCCAAAACAUGUUGAUAUGUGGAAUCAAGCAGGAUGGGAAUACUGGAGAAUAUGGAAAAUUAUUUAUCUUCCCUACUGGCAAAUAUAUGGCGAUUCAUUCUUGGAUACCUUCAGUGAAAAUAGUACAACGCCAUGUACCUCAAUACAAAGUGAAUGGGAAAACAAUCCUGAUAUAGAACGAUGUAAUCAGUAUGAUUGGAUACUUUUGGUGAUUGCCACAUUAUAUAUGCUUAUAUCAAACCUUCUCCUCGUCAAUCUUGUGAUAGCUUUGUUCAGCUAUCGAUUUGAACGGGUCCAGGAAAACUCAGAGAAAUUAUGGCGAUACUUAAGAUAUGAAGUCAUCAUGGAUUAUAAAUCAAGAAUACCUGCUCCUCUGAAUAUAAUUUUCAGACCACUCAACAUGUUGUACAGGUGCUGUAGGAAUGACGAUGAAAGGAAACAACACAAACCAGAUAGAAGAUUGGUGGAUCGAAUAAAUACACUCCAAUCUGUGAACGCAAUUAAUUGCGUGUAUAAUAUUUGAGAUGGAAACAGAUGGCUGAAAAAGAUAUUAUCAUUAAUAUAUAUACGCAAAACUUUAAAAAGAUUUUACUAUACGUGUUAUCUAUGAAGACCUAGGCUAUUUAGAGACUUUUUCUACGUUUUUCACAUUCUUUGUAUAUAUUGUUUUUAAUUUGCUGAUGAAAUAUAUAUGUCCUGUAAAACUUUUGAUGACUGGAUAUAUUUUGGAUUUUUCAUCCCAAUGAUUUUACAUAAAUCAGCACUGAUUAGAUUAACAUAAUAUGCAACAGUGCUCGUCUCCUUGACGACUUCUUCUUAUUUUUACAUUAUUCGGAUUUCUUCAGAAACUUGUCAAAAAUAAGAAGAUCAAAGAAGCAAGAUCACUUAAUUUCACAUUCAGAUAUAUUGAUGAUGUUUUUUCUAUUAACCAUCCAAACUUUUCUUUUCUGAUUGGGUUCCAUUAAUAAAUCCUCCAGAACUAUAAAUUAAAAAAACAACAGACACGGCUUCCUCCGCCUCAUUUUUUAGUCUUAUACCUUGAAUUUGACAUAAGCGGUCAUCUUAGUACCAACAUGUAUGACAUAACUUUCCUCCACCUUAGCAGCAAUAUACCAACUUCACCUGCAUAUGGGAUAAACAUUUCCCAAUUCAUUCGGUAUUCAAGAGAUUGCAGCUGCUACUCAGACUUUAUAAAACGUCAUCAGUGUCUGAGCAGAAAGUUGAUGAACCAGGGUUUUAUCAAAAAACGUCUCGUCCUUCUUCUAAAAAAGUUCAUCGGAAGAUCCGAAGACCUUGUUGAUAAUUAAUACAUGAUGGUCUUGAAGUAUAAAUUCUAGGUAUUGACGUUGUUUAGCAUCUACAUUACGUGUUAUAGUGGUUUUUAUUUGUCUUUGUAUCUUUUUAAACUUUACUUUUCAGUCAAUUUUUGGUGAUACUUUUGGUGUGGUUUCGGUAUUUAUACAUCCCGCCAUUGUAUUAUUGUCCUAUGGUCAUUUUUUAUAUUCUUGUCUUUCAUUUUUGCUUAUGUACUUUGUCUAUAGAGUGUAUAUAUGCCAUUUUGUUUUUCUUUGAUAAAAUAGUUAUUUGUGUUUUUAUAGUGAUUAAGAUUAUAACACAAUGUUUACUGCUGUACCAUUUGACAAUUUUACUUAUGUCUGUUUGUUUUCCUCACACAUUGUUGUCAAUAUAAUCGAAUUCUAUACGACUGUCAUAAAAGUGAGAGGUUUAGCUAGCUAUUAAACCAGGUUUAAUCUACCAUUUUCUACAUAAGGAAAUGCCUGUACCAAGUUAGGAAUAUGACAGUUGUUUUCCAUUCGUUUGAUGUGUUUGAGAUUUUGAUUUUGCCAUUUGAUAAAGGACUUUCCGUUUUGAAUUUUCCUUGAAGUUUGAUAUUUUUGCUAUUUUACUUUUUGCUAAGUUUGACGUUUUUUUCUUUUAUUACCAUGACGUUGUCAUUGUUUCUUUGGCUGGUGAGUUGUUAAUGUCCCUUGGUAUCUUCUGCCUCAUUUUUUAUCAAUUAAAAGCUGAAUAACGUUUACAGCAUAUGUAAAAAGCAUACUUAGGUUUGUGAAGUAUUGAUUGGAUAUUAGAACGACACAAUCAGACCUGCUUACAGUCCACAGGAAGUGAUGUUACCCUCCUCCAGGCACAUUGUUUGAAGAUAAGCUGAUUAGUUCUUGUUUUUACUUCAAAUGUCUCAUGCUUGUCGAGUUAUUUCAGUCUUUGCUUUACCUUGGCGGGUACUGAACCUCGAGCUCCCGCAUUCGAACCAAAAGCGUAACCACGAGACCACCGAUGAUAUUUAGUAGACUUUUUACUGUUGUGGUUGUUUUUAAUUUAGAAUUUUAUUUUGUUUGAUUGCUUCUAAUGUUUUCCAUAUUUGAUUGUUUUGUUAAAGCGUUACUUAUUAAGUUUUACUUUAAACAAACUGGAAGUGCACAUUACAAUGUCAUAAGUGUCCGAUGGAGACGGUUCUCGGAGAGUUUAAAUUGGCCUUUAGAUUUUGAUGAUAUUAAACUUUGACCACAAAAGUACUACAAUUUGUGCAUAGAAAUAGUUGUAAUAAUAAAUUAUUUGUUUUUGGCAUUUCACAUAAUGAAUUAUAAAGUUAAGUUAAGACCCUGAGCUAUGAAUUUUUGUGUUGAAAAGUCAGAUUUAGUCCAAAUGUUCAUAAUUUACAACGGAUUUUAGCAUAGAUAGUUUGGUUGUAACCCCUGAUCUAUUAAACAAUUGUUGCGUCGCGUGGUUCAACAUUGAAAUUGGCACCUUUUGGUAACAGAACAUUUUGUAUUGUCGGAAAAGGCCAUGGGUUUUUUCCUGAAGUUGUUAAGUGAAAACAAGUUGCACGAAAUCAUCAUAUUUUGACAAAAUAUAAAAAAAACUAUUUAUUUAAUUAUUUAUUUAUUUAAUUAUUUAUUUAUUUAUAUGAACAUAUAAAAAUGUAUUUAUAUAUUUAUUUAUUCUUAAUAUUUCUUCCAUGACAAGGUUCAGUCACUCAAUUUUUUUCAUAAUCCUAAUGUUUAUUCUUUUUUCAAAGAUAUGUAUUCCAUAUUUGUCAAAUAUGAACCUUUUUCACAUACACUAUAAACGAAUUUUAGUCUGAAGCGAUGAUUUUUAUUUGAACCGCUCUUAAAAGACAAUGAAAUAUUAAGUCAUAAUCAGUUUUUCAAUCAAUUAUCAGACUUAUCCACUGCGGUAUAUUAAGUACUAUUCAGACAAU